AUGACAUUUAUUUGACAUGUACGUGUAUCACGAGCCAAUACUCGCAUUCUAAUUGUUUAAUUAAGAAAUGCAAAUAUUAUUGAAUUAGUUUAAAUAUCGUAACGCAAUCCUCUUUUUUUAAGGAAUGUAAAAUUAUUUGUGAAAUAUCUGACGCGAGCCAUGGAGUGAUAGAUAAUUUUAUAACACUGCAAAAGUGACCUCGUCUCAUCGUAUCGAAGGACUGUGCAAUUGUUUAGGUAUGUCGGUUUGGUCAGGCAGUACGGUCCCAGGCCCACCCUAUCGUUACUCUCAGUCUAGUAACUGGUGCCCAAAAAUGAGCAAGUGAAAUUGAUGUGAGAUUUGCAAAGCCUUAAAAUUUGGUUUUGUACUACACGGAGGCUGCUACUAGUCCUUUAAUAAAGACACACGUGCGUGAUGUCGGGCGAGGCGCCUAUCCAGUCGGACGCAGGGCUCCACACGCCCGCGUACCUGUCAUGGCGGAAACUGCAGCUGAGUCGCGCGAAGCUGAAGGCUUCGAGUAAGACUUCGGCACUGCUCUCUGGAUUUGCUAUGGUAGCUAUGGUGGAAGUGCAACUGAACACAGACCAAACCAGUAAAGUGCCCAAGGAGAUGCUCGUGGCGUUCACAGUGUGUACCACCCUACUCGUAGCUGUUCACAUGCUGGCCCUCAUGAUCAGCACAUGCAUCCUACCCAACAUAGAAGCAGUGGGGAAUCUACACAGCAUAUCUCUGGUACACGAGUCGCCUCAUGAAAGACUACACUGGUACAUCGAAAUCGCUUGGGCAUUUUCAACAUUACUUGGACUAAUUUUGUUCCUAGUUGAAAUAGCUAUUCUCUGUUGGGUAAAAUUUUACGAUUUAAGCGAGACCGCCGCCUGGUCCGCCUGCGUUGUACUUAUACCAGUCAUGAUUGUGUUUCUAGCGUUCGCCAUACAUUUCUACAUGUCUUUAGCAACGCAUAAAUACGAAGUAACAGUCACUGGCAUUAAAGAGCUAGAGCUACUUAAGGAACAGAUUGAAAUGGGCGACCAUGACGGUAGGAUGAAUAAUCUCACAUUACUCGAUCAGGGCAGAGUCGUUUGAAGACUUAUGGCGUUAUUCGUAAACGUGCUAUGAGCCUCAAUUAGAUAUAACCGUUUCUCUUUACCUUUUCAGCGCCAUCUAUCAAUCCCAAGAACGUCAUACACACGCUAAUAUCUCUGGCAUAACCUAGCAAAUAUAUACCGUACCAGAAACGUUGAAGGUUAGUUUGACAAACGUAUGCCAUAGCACAUGUAAGCGUUCUUGGCGCCACAAGCAUCACUUCUUACGUUGCCUUUAAGCGGUCUUGGCGGUCUAAGGGUUAAUCUGUCCUUUUACCUUUUGCAUUUUCAAGAAAGGGAUAAAAAUAAAUUAACUAAUUGAGGCUUGUAAAAUUUUAUGAAUAAGGGGGUUAAGCCUUACCUUUCCAGUGUCCGAUUUUGGGAUGUUAUUUACCUUUUUGACUUAAAUAUACCCACGUUUUUAUUGUUAACGCGUAGGUUGUAGAAAAGUACUUAUUGAUCUGUAUAUUAAAAGUGUACUUAUAUAAGUGCCAAGUUUGCAAUAUUAUAUUUACUUAUCGGGUUGGGUCGUGAGCACUGGACGUAAUAGAAUUAUGUUAAUUUUAGUAAUUAAUAAGCCUUACCGUACAAAAGGAGUUGGUACCUAUUGGUAGUGUGAAGUUUACUGCCUGAGGAAUGCCAAUAAUAAUUAUAUUUAAUUAUCUAUAAAGCCGAGAAAAUAAAAUAUUUAUUACUAAAACGCUUGCUCAAAAAUUAACGCUUAUAAGUGCAGCAUAAAAACAUCAUUUUUAUGCUUAUAUUAUGCAUUGUACUUUUUGAAUUUGAUAGGUUUUCGAUAGGUUUGACAUACCUACAUUCGAAUCUCCAGUUGACAAAGCUUCCUAUGAAAAUUAUUUAUUUUUUAUGUUUACUAUAUUAUUCAUCAUAUUUUAACACAUACCUACUUAGAAACGUUGGCCUUGUCCCUAAUAUCGGAUAUAAUACAAACUAUAAAUAUAAGUUAGAAAAACGGCCGAACAUAACUUUUGGGAAAUAGUGUAGAUUGAAUUUGUAACCAACGUGUAAUUUUACGUAUCCUACGGUUAAAAAUUACUUGACCAUAUAUUUUUAAUAAAAUAAUCCCGUCUACCAUCUUACUACUUUGGCUUAGGUUAUAUAAAUAUAAAUUGCAAAAACGUCCUUUCAGAUAAUUAUAAAAGUUUACAAAUUAAUUUCAAAUAUUAAAUACAUUUUUAUGUUGUUCCUGAGAAUGGUCAGUGAGUCUGUUAUAGUUAUUACAAUAAUGUCGUCUUCAUACUUAGUCUAUAGGUUUGGGUGCUAAUUUUAAGACUUGUGAAUCCCAAGUUAAAAUCUGUGUUAAUGCGAAGAAAUUAUAGAGCUCAAAAUGCAAAGAAUGUGAACAAAAUCCAUCACGGAAAACUAUUUUAUAUUUUGAUUAAAUUAUACAGGGUGCUGCAAGUUGUUUUUUAGUUAAUUAAUUAUUUGUUAACAUGACAUUUUAAUUUUCUAUUAUAUUAUUGUAUUUGUUUGGUUAUUCGCUGUCUGAAAUAGACAGUAGGUAGGUCCGUAAAUGUUUUUUUUAACCUUUUAACCGUGUUAGCUCGUGUCGCCGCCGGUACGAAGUUACACGAAGUUUUGUCUUAUUUAUUAGACUGCGGCGAAAUGAGCUGGAUAUUGUAUGUCAUAUAUUAGAUUACGGCGGCUAAAAGGUUAAUAAUGAACCGUUAUGUUAAUUUUAAUAACAAGUAAAAAUCAUUUUAAUAUAGUCAAGCAAAAGAUGCGAGCCUGCGAGGUACUUAUUACUCGUGUUUUGAGUUCCAAUUACGUCUAUCCUUUUCAGUUAGCUUCAAUGUAACUAACUUAAAAUGUGGUUUAUUUACAAAUUAUCGCAUUACACUAAGUAUUAGCUCCGGUUUCCCCGGAAUAAGACCGAUAAAGUUUCUUUCAAUGUGCGUUCCAUAAGAAACCGUAGCUUAAUGAAAUAAAAGUUAAAAUCUAAUGAAACUGAAACUUUUAUUUAUUUAUUGUGACUGAGUAAUAUUCAGCUCUUACGAAGUAGAGUGAAUUAACAGUAAAUGAUAAAAAUAGAUUAUGGAAGGCAAUAAAGUAAAUGUUAACUAUAAUUUGACCCAAAAAAAUUGGGUUUUAAACAAGUCCUCUGUGAUAAUGAUAAAUAUGACAUUUUGUUGAAUCUGUCGAUGUGUCUGCGUCAGAUGAGAAUUGUCGGAACCCACUGCGGCGUAUGUUUCGCACGAAUGUCAAUAUCAGGGGGGCUUACCAAGAUGACAAUCGUUAGUAGAAAACGCCAAUCGACAGUUAUAUGUAUGGAAAUAGUCACGAGACUUUUCGUAGUAUCAGUCAUCCCGAUAUUUUCGUAGUAUCAGUCAUCCCGAUACAUUUUUGUGUACGUUUGGCGUUUGUCAGUGGCGAAGCGUGAAAUAAUCUAGCCAUGGACGAAUCCACACCUGUGAGGCCCUUUUCAAUGUUUAUUCCCAAGGUAAUAAGAAAGUUGGCUUUGCCCAUUCGCCCACGACUAGCUACGCCACUGGCGUUUGUCAAUAUACGAUUGGCAUCUUGGCCUGGCCCCCAGUAGCGUUUCCGCGCAAUAUACUUAUAACGGAACGCCACAAAAAAUUAUUAAAAUUUGAUGCAGAUUACAUACUUAGCAUAAGAGUUUUUAAGUCCAUUAUAUAAAUAAAACCUUAUCUCAUAGCUAGAAUACGAGUAAACUCUGUAAACUGACGGGGAAGUAGCUUAUUCAUAAGAAGUAUGAGAUUUCAGUAACCUCAUAUAUAACAUCAAUGCAUCCCUCUAUGACUUCAAACCGCUUAGUAUGACUUGCGUUGUCGCGCGCGACUUCAUAUGUAGAUAAAUAGAUAGAUAAAUCAUUUAUUUGGCAGCUGCAAAACACACACAAUAUAAAGUUUAAAUCAUCAUAAAGAACACAAAUUAUUACAGUAACAAAAUAAAAAUGGCACAAAAGAAAAUUGAGACAGCAAAGUAGGAAUAAUUAAUAAAAAAUAAAAUAAAAUAAAAGUACCUACCUACAUACUGUGUGCGUUGCAGCAGGACAAAAUGUAUGUCAAGCGUGACUUCAAGUAUGGAGUCGCGCGUGACAGCAAGUCAUGCUAAGCGGUCAGAUAUCCGUUUUUUUUACUGAAUACGAGUUUACGUAGCAGAUAAGUACCUGUAAUAUUUAAUGGCAUGGAAUGUUAACCUAUGUAAUGAGACAGUUUACGACCAAAGGAACUAUUAAAACUUGAAAAGCUUAAAAAAUAUAUAAUGAUGUGUAAAUCGAAGCCGUGCAAAAAAUACAGACUCACGGCCCGAUUCGACGAAUGAUUAAGACACGUUUAAGAUCUUGGAAAGAUCGAUAGCUAAACGACAUUUUAAAAUUGACGUUAUUUUGAUUUCGCUGUGAUCCCAAUAAGAUCUAUCUACGAUAUUUCUAACGUCAAAGUGAAAUUGGUUGCCCGAAUCGAGCUGCUUCUGUCAAUUAUACGACAUACAAACGAUAUCUAAAUGAGAACUUAUCUAAACUAGAACUUAUCGUUAUCGUAUUUCAUUCUUCGAAUCGGGCCGUUAUUUGAAAACGGUCGACGAUAGCAACCUAUCACAUAUUAUAUAUCGAGUUCCUUUUGUCGUGUAUUGUCAUACAAUUUCAAAUAAAACAUCCGAAUUAUCCAUGCAACAGUGUGUACCACUUUAUUUAUAAUUGAAGAUCUGUUAUGGUUUUAGCAAUAUAUCACCACAUUUGGUCAAUACA